AAGGUUUUCUGGUCGUCGUAAUUGUAAUUUGAACUUGAAUGAUUUAAAAUGACACAAUCAAAUGUACUAUUAAACUGCAUGACAAAUUUUGUAUACUGAAAAAAAAAACAUUCUAAUGAUAUGUAUCUCAGUAAUAUGAUAUACAGUACCAGUAAGAUGGUUUUUAAACAAUUCUUACUUUUAUUCAGCAAGGGUGUAUUAAAUUGAUCAAAAGUGACAGUAAAGACAUUUGAUGUUACAAACUUCGGUUUAGACUUAUUUUUCAAAGAAACCCUGUUCUUUUGAUCUUUUCAUCAAAUAAUCCUGGAAAAAAAAGUUUUCCACAAAAAAAUUAAACAGCACAACUGUUUUUAAUAUUGAUCAUUACAAAUGCUCCUUGAGCAACAAGUUUCAAAAUUUGGCUUUGCAUCAAGAAUAAAUUUGAAAAUAUUUCAAAUAUGGUAAGCAUAAAGCCCAAAGCAUACUUCACUCUUUAUGUGUACAUGAGGGACAGCGUACAGUGCACGUGACGCAAAUUUCAUCAUCAGAGUAGUAUGCGCACCACCCGUUUUUUGUACUUUGUAUGUGGAGGUCGCACAUGUGCAUUGAAGUUAUUUUGCAGUACACUCUUAAAAAAAUAAAGGUGCUUCACGAUGCCAUAGAAAAUUUUCUUUUUUUGUCUAAAUGGUUUCAUAAAUAACCUUUAACAUCUCACAAAAGGUUCCUUGUGGCGAAAGAAGGUUCUUCAGAUCAUAAAAAGUAGGAAAGGGAUGGUUCUUUCAAGAACCUUUGACUGAAUGGUUCUUUGUGAAACCAAAAAUGAUUUUUCUAUGGCAUUGUUGUGAAGAACCUUGUAAAGCACUUUUAUUUUUAAGUGUGUAAUCGGUUGUUCCACAGGGUGGCAACACUGUCCUGGGCCAUUGUUUCACAGUAGAAAACUAAAGAGACUGAACAACAACAACAAAAUAGCGGAGACUGCAACGACAACAGACACUCACAAUGACAAGCGCUUAGGAGCGGGAGGAGUUCUUUUAGCAGCAGUCAGUCCAUAUUUCCGUGCCAUGUUUACCAGCCCUCUCGUAGAGUCUCGUCUUACUGAGAUCCGACUGGAGGAGGUGACCCCUUCUGUUAUGGAGACCGUUAUCCACUUUGUUUAUACAGGGGAAGCGGGUCUUAGUCUCGACACAGCGGAGGAUUUGUUUGUAGCAGCCAAUCGUCUUCAAGUGAUGCCCUUGCAGGACCUUUGCUCUAGAUUCCUUUUUGAACACCUGUCUGUGGAGAAUUGCCUGGGCAUGUACUCUCUGGCUCGUUCACAUCAUGACCAGCUGCUUCUUCGGGCUUCUUUGAGGCUGGUAGGCCAGCAUUUUCCUCGAGUGGCCCGGCAGCGAGACUUCCUCCUGUUGGACCCAGGAACUCUUGGCAGUUUGUUGGAGUCGGAUCGAUUGGGUGUGGAGUCUGAAACUGAAGUUUACGAUGCAGCAAGGCGCUGGGCAGAAUACCAGCCAGCUGAUCGUUACAUUCACAUGCCCAAUUUGUUACGCCAUUUACGCCCUGGACUUUUUGGCCCUGAUGAGACCCACCGAAUGAACCAAGAACUUGGGUCUCGAGCCGGUACCGAGAGCAUGGGAGGACCACUGAGGCCUCGAGAAGGCAUGUUUGAGAAGAAAAUUGUCUGUGUAGACCUUAAGCCUAGAGAGGAUGAGUCUUUGCAGGAAAGAGACUUCACGGUGGAUUGCUUUGACCCUCGUACAGGGAAGUGGGAGAAACUGGCAGCCUUAGGUUCUUUGCUUUGUCCCGGCUGCACUGCAGUCGGAGGUCGACUGUUUGUGGCAGGAGGCAUCCUGCGGAGUGGUGAGGUCUCAUCAGCACUUCACGAGUACGAUGUCGUGCUUAACCGCUGGAUUGUACAGCCACUGAUGGCUGAACCACGUGCGAUGUUGGGUCUUCUUGGCUGCGGAGGUUUUUUAUACGCUCUCGGUGGUUGUAAUCGAGCAGCGUUUCUGGACACGUCUGAAAAAUUUGACCUUAAUACGUUGACCUGGGCAUCAGGACCUCGUUUGCCAUUGCCGUUGCGUUCUUUUGCUUGCGCUGCCCUCCGCUGUCGCCUCUACUUGCUUGGUGGUACCACACUAGAGCAGAGCAGAGCUGUGGUGCAUGCUGGCGUGCUUAUUUACCACACAGUUACAAAUACCUGGAGCCGUGUCGCCCUAGACUCUGGCGCCACCUGCCUGGCCGGAGGCGUAGCAGUACGUGGCGGUGUUUGCGCCAUCGGUGGUUACUUGCGCGACGCCGCCAAGUUCCUCGAUGGCAACUACACCCAGGCCGAACCACUAGAUGCCACAGGACGUGUGCUGUUCUUCCGCGAAGGACGAGGAUCUGGAGUAGAGCGGGAGGUGGCGGUUGGAGUUGAGCGAGGGGGUGGCGGUAGCGACCGUGCGCCUAGUCCGGUGGUUUUUCCAGGCCUGCCAAGGCGCAUUGCCGCCGGAGGUGUGGCUAGAUGGAAACGCCGGAUAUAUGUGUUGGGUGGUGAGAAUGGAUCGAGAUUUUAUGAUAGCGUCUACUGUUGGAAACCUGGCUGGCGAAGCUGGGUCCAAAGACGGGAGAAACUACCCGGGGAUACAGGAGGAGUGAGCCAGUUUGGUUGUACCACCCUUAAGUUCCCAAAAAAACACAUUUUAGCACGUCUUCGGUCUGCUCAACAAAAACGGGGGAAGGAGAAACGACCGACCCGGUCGUGCAGAGUCAUGCGGAUCGACAGAACAAAUCAGGAAGUGUGAUUUUUUUUUUUUUUUUUUUUUUUUUUUUUUUUUUUUUUUUCCGCAAUUAGACGUGGGCAUUUUGGAAACAUUUAUGCACCUACUUUUACAUCUUUGCUCUUGGUUGAUGUCUAGAUGUUUUGAAAUUCAUGAUUUCAUUACUGCAAGCUGAACGCAAGUUUUUGUUUCCUGCGUAUUAGGAUAUAAUUUCAGAACGUUUUUGCUUUUAAUAAUAAUUCUUCUCAGAUGCCCAAAUUUGAUCUAAGCAAUGGUAUCAUGUUGGAGAAUAAUAAAAUGUUUGAAUCACAGCAAAAAACAAGUUAUACACAUGCUUGACUCAGUGAGUAAAAUGUCAUUAAUGUUUAUUUGAACCUUUUUGCUUAAAGUUAUUGCUUUGAGGCUGAAUGUAGUUUCACACAUUAGAACAUCUAGAUUGCUACCAUAAUGGCAGUUGGUAAUACUGUAAAGUCAUAACAACGUAAUAUGGGAUCUGUUUUAAACAAUAUCUUCAAAUCUUUAUCAUUUUGUUUUUUUGAUGACAGUGGUGUCACAUUACACUUUUGUUAAACAACCGUGAAGCAACAUCAUGAAAUUCAUCUGGGGUUUCCACCAACCAGCGUUUCUACGCCGUAUCCUUAAAUUUGCAUUAAAAAUGCUGGAUAGAAAACCAUUAUGUGAAUAAAAUUUGCAUAAUGUACUUAAUAAAUGUAUACACUUUGCUUGAGGUGGAUGUUUUUAUUUUUCAUUUUUUGGGUUAGAAAACAUGCACAUAAACUAAAAUGAAAAUACAUUUACAUAUUGCUACAUGUGCAUUCAAAAUUUGCCUCAUAUGACUGAAAAAUUUGCUUAGAAUUUUUUUUUUUUUUGGCCAUUCUGGAAUUUUACAUUGUGGACGAUUGCUAGCAUACAUGAAGUUAGCGUUUUCUGUGCACUCAAACACAAGAAAUGUAUUAAGGAGCGGCUUCCAAUGGCUAUAAUUUCCAUUGUUUUAUUUAAUUUUUCUCUUGAACAUAUGGUUUGACAAUGUUUUAUUUUUUUUUUUCAUCAAAUGCAAUCUUAACUAUAAGAUUGAAACAUAGAUUCAGAUGAUGUGGCUAUUCAGAUUUAAUGUGUUGCAGACUCUACUGUAUUUUAAAUGAUGUUAACCAGAUGAAAUGUAAUUUGCAAAUGCAUUUACUACACCUGUCCUGAAUUCAUGCUAAUUUGAUACCAGAAUCUCAAGCUCACGCUUUUUUUUUUUUUUU